GAGGGUUGCUGACGGCCAAGUUCUGGCAUCACCUGACUACUUGAGUCAUGUGAUCAGGAGGGGAUUCCCCUAGAGAUCUCCCGGUUGUAAUAAGCAAGGCAGCCAACGGGCACAUAUAUGUCACCUCUGAUUUGAUCAUUUAUACAUGCCUUUUCACAGCCUACCUGGACAAUGAGUGGUGUUGUAUAGAGGAAUUAGGUGACUAAUGGACACAGCCCGGGGAUGGAUACGUCUCUGUCCUCGGAAGUUCCUGACUUGGUAACAGAGGUUGUGAUUGACCACCUAAACCCGGAACAUGUGAUAGACCAUUUAUAUCAGGACCGCGUUAUUAGCGAAGAUGAAAUGCAAAUUAUUGCAAAAUCGGCAACAAGAAAAGAAAAAUGCCGAUUUCUCAUUUCCCACCUCAGUCAACAUCCGAACCCUAAAAAGAAUUUUGAAUCAUUGAUUCGGGCUCUAAAUGCUCAAGGGUAUGAUUUCUUGGUGCCCAGUGUUAAAGCCAUUUUGGACAAAGACUCUGCUGCAAAGUCUGCUAAUGGAACCCAGAAUGCACCGACUAAAGCAUUUGGAUCAUCUACAUUGCCAACGGGGACAGAAGUGGAUUUGGUCUGUCUUAGUUUCCUUCCACCAGCGGGUGGUGGCUUGAGGUCAUCCAAACAGCUCCGACAUAUUUUUAAUAGGCUAAGCACUAUGCUCAACAGUGGCAAUGUUAGAGAAUUCGCAGCAACCUGUGACGCCAUUUUAGGUAAAGGUUGUAUUAACUUCGAUGUUCGCUGCAUUGUCAAAUAUCUACAGGCCUGUCGACUUAGUUUUAAUGACAGUUUCGUUGCCGCAAAAAUGGUCAUUAAGGAUGGGAAGGACAUAUCAAGGAAAACUUCUAGUCCCGUUCAGUAUAUGGUAUAUCUUUUGUCUUGCCAGUGUUGGAUUUACAUUAAAUCCAAAAAAUUUGCGAAGCUCAACUCCUGUUUGACUGAUGCUGAACAGCUGAUCUCAACCAAUAGUGUUCUCUGUCAAGGAAUGGCAGCCGGGUGGAUUCGUUUGGAUAGAGCACAAUAUAUUUUACCUCUGAUCACUUCCAAAUACCCGGAGAAGGCAUCAGGUCUUAUCAAAAGGGUUUGUGCACUGUUGGACCAAGGACGAGAGCAAUUCCAACGGGAAGAGUCGCGUGACGGGCCGUAUGGAAUCGCUUACUCACUUAUUUUGAAGGCGAUUGUUCUGCUUCGUUGUGGUAGUGUAAUGGACACGUUGAGACUACCUGUCAGCGACGAGGACAUUCACGAGGCAGAGAUUCUCUUGGCGGAGGCUGAUGCCUCUGAAAUUGGACUUCCUCAAGUUCUGAGGGCCAUCUAUUACAUCGCCAUGUCAGACUUGAAUGUUCGCCGGGGGAGAUUAGCACGUGCGCAAGAAUACGCGCACCAAGCUUUAGAAGUAGCCACGUCGCUGACCUUGCCCGAAUUCCUCCGGAAGGCUGAGGCAAGAAUAGACUAUCUUACAGCUCAGACUGAACGCCUCGACGAAAAGGUCCGCAUUGUGGAUACAUGUCGAGUGAAAUGUGCGCGGUACAUACGAGCGGCAGUGAAGCCAAAUGCAAACCAUCGACGACUGAUAAACUUUUGUUGUGAGUUAGUGGUAUUACUUUUGCAGUUGAACAAGAUAUUAUUAUUUAUAUUUCUUAUUUCUUUUAUUCAGUGUUAGAUAGCUUUCGGUAUGAUCUGUUCGGUGAGGUUAACGCAUUCGGUAUGAUCUGUUCUGUGAGGUUAACGCAUACGGUAUGAUCUGUUCUGUGAGGUUAACGCAUUCGGUAUGAUCUGUUCUGUGAGGUUAACGCAUUCGGUAUGACCUGUUCUGUGAGGUUAACACAUUUACAUUUUCUGAGGUUAUACCAAAAUGGUGCGGACUUUUUCCCGAAUGAUAGCAUUAUGUUCAAGGUCAUGGUUGUAUCUGUUUAACAUCACAACGUGGAAGUUUAACAUUCAUAAAAUUUGCUUUGACAGAAAAGUGUCAAGGUUGGGAAAUUAUAAUUUUGGUAACUUAUGUCUUGGACAGAUGCGAUGUUGUUGAAGUGGAAUGGUAUUUUAACAAAGGCGUUUUAUCUGCUGUUCGGACGAACGCACACACAAUUCCAUCGUAGGUUAUUAUCCGCACAUGAAAACAUGUCAACAUGAAAACUUGUCGACUUGACAGUGUGUCAACAAGACAGACGUUUUGAAAGAAGGAUUUAUUUUACUGCGUUUGUAG